AUGAUCUCAGUUGCUUCUCCUCUUCCUCAUGCUCACCAUCAGCACAAGAGAUCGGUCGCUACCAACAUUGGUACCAGAGGUAUUACAUACUCUCCUUAUUCUUCUACUGGUGACUGUAAGACUACUUCAGAAGUCGCUUCCGAUGUCGCUGAGUUGGCUGAUUACGAUCUCAUUAGAUUGUAUGGUGUCGAUUGCAACCAGGUUGCCAAUGUUUUCAGUGCUAAGGCCGAUGGACAGAAGUUGUUCCUUGGUAUUUACUAUGUUUCAGACAUUCAGGGUGCCGUUGACACGAUUUCCUCUGCCGUUGAUGGCGUUUGGGACGAUAUUGACACCGUUUCCGUCGGUAACGAGUUGGUCAACUCUGGUGAAGCUACUGUCGACCAGAUUUCAGGUUAUAUCGAUACUGCCAGAACAGCAUUGACUGCUGCUGGAUAUACCGGUUCUGUUGUCAGUGUCGACACUCAUGUCGCCAUUCUCGCCAACACUGGUCUUUGUGAUCUUUCCGAUUAUAUUGCUUUCAAUGCUCACGCCUACUGGGAUGGUAACACCCUCCCAGAGGAUGCUGGUAAGUGGUUGUUGGGUAAUAUGCAGGCUGUUUCUUCUGCCUGUGGCGGAAAGCGCGUUAUGUGUGUCGAAUCUGGAUGGCCAACUCAGGGUGACGAUGACGGUGUUGCCGUUCCAUCUACGGCAAACCAAAAGACUGCUCUCAGCUCUAUUGCUGAUGUUUGUGGUAAUGAUACCAUCGCUUUCAAUGCCUUCAAUGACUUGUGGAAAGAUCCUGGUACCUACGGUGUCGAGCAAUACUGGGGUAUUUACUAA